AGAGGGCGGUGCGGUCCCGCGCUGUGUGCGGGUUUACUCCGGGAGCGAAUAAAACACGCUGCAUUCUUCACGCGCGCGCGCACACACACACACACACACACCCUGUGACGCGCACCGGCGCUGAUUAACGGGAAACGGCUUUUUAGGCGCGCGAGACGAUACGAGGAGCACGAGACACUUCGACAUGCGCUGUGGAGAGCAAUGCUUCAGGCUCGCGACACUGAUCGAAGCAGGGAGACAGCAUGUGGGACCAAAAGGUGAGGUUAGAAUACCCCACAAUAUUUCUGGAAGCAGUUACCGCCUUUUCAGCUGCAGCAACUGCACGCAGGCAAACAGGAAGUCCAGCCGCCACUGGAUCCAGCCUGCUGGAGAAUGCUGCCAUCGUGUUUGUUGUUCUUUAACGUGGACGAGAAGAACGGCAUGUCCUUCAGCGGGCCGAUUGAAGACAUGUUCGGCUACACCGUGCAACAGUUCGAGAACAGCGAGGGGAAGUGGGUUCUGAUUGGUUCUCCUCUGAAGGGACAGCCAGCCCAGCGGACCGGAGACGUCUACAAAUGCCCUGUGGGUCACGGCGAGUCUUCCAGAUGUAUAAAAUUAGACCUGCCUGCGCACACAACAAUCCCAAACAUCCAUGAAGUCAAAGAGAACAUGACCAUGGGCACGACGCUGGUGGCCAAUCCGGACAGGAGCGGAUUUCUGGCGUGCGGUCCGCAGUACGGCUACAUGUGUGGAAAUCAGCAGUACAUCACAGGCAUCUGUUCCAACGUCAGCUCCGACUUCCAGGUGCUCAACUCCAUCGCUCCAACUGUCCAAGAUUGUAAGCAGGACAUGGAUAUUGUCAUCGUCCUCGAUGGAUCCAACAGCAUUUUCCCUUGGAAACACAUCACAGAAUUUCUGGUCAAGUUUCUCAAAAAGAUCGAUGUCCCUCCAGCCAGGGUGGGCAUUGUGUCUUACGGCGAUGACGUCGGCCAUGUUUUCAACCUCAGCCAGUUCUCGAACACAAAUGACCUGGUUCAGAACGCAGCCAAGGUCAAACAGAGGAAGGGCCGGAGAACCAUGACAGCACUGGGUAUCGAUACAGCAAGGAAAGAAGCGUUCACUGAGGAGCGAGGAGCCAGACCGGGGGUCAAGAAAGUCAUGGUGAUUGUUACAGAUGGAGAGUCACAUGACGACUACAGACUGAAAGACGUCGUCAAAGAAUGUGAGGACGACGGGAUUGAGAGGUUCGCUAUCGCUGUUCUUGGUGAUUAUAACCGACAAAAUAAAAGCAAACAGCAAGUAGACAAAUUCAUUGAGCAAAUCAAGUCCAUUGCGAGCAAUAAAACAGAAGAUCAUUUCUUCAAUGUGGAAGACGAGAAGGCACUGAUCACCAUCGUCGAUGCUCUGGGGAGCAAAAUAUUUGCCUUAGAAGCUACGUCUGGGAAUCACACGUCGUCUUUUGAGAUGGAGAUGUCCCAGGCAGGCUUCAGCGCUCACACGUCGAGAGCAGGUGUGAUGCUUGGCGCAGUGGGAGCGUACGAUUGGAACGGCACCGUCAUCAUGCAGUUGGGUAAUCAUACUGUCCAGCCCAAAAACAACACCUUUCACAACCCUCUAGUGGAGCGGCACGAAGGCAUGGCCGGAUACGUGGGUUACGAUGUGCAGUCGGCACACACCCCGUCUGGAGUCCUCUACAUCACCGGAGCGCCCCGAUACAACCACACUGGCCGAGUUAUUGUGUACCGCGUCAACGGGGAGAACAUCAUGGUCACACAGAACCUUGAAGGAGAACAGAUCGGAUCAUACUUCGGCAGCGUCCUCCAAACACUGGACGUGGACAAUGACUCGUACACAGACCUCCUGCUGGUGGGAGCGCCCAUGUUCAUGGGGCCUGAGAGGGAUGAACAGGGGCAGGUCUACGUCUACAAGCUCAACACGGAGGGCAUGUUUGAACACGAGAUGACCCUGCGGCCGGUAAACCAGACGUGCUGCACCGUGCACUCGCACACCUCCUGUACGAGUGUCAAUAAGAACGAGCCGUGCGGCGCUCGCUUCGGUACAUCCAUCGCCGCUGUUCCUGACCUCAACCUGGAUGGCUUUAACGACAUGGUGAUCGGGUCGCCGCUGGAAAACGACCACCGGGGGGCGGUGUACAUUUACCACGGCACUGAGCGCACGAUACGAGAAAAAUACGUCCAGCGCAUAGCUGCUGGAGGUGACGGCGACAAGAUGAAGUUCUUUGGUCAGUCCAUUCACGGAAUCAUGGACUUAAAUGAUGAUGGGAUUAUAGACGUCACUAUUGGAGGUAUCGGAGGGGCUGCGCUGUACUGGUCUCGGGAUGUUGCUGAACUCCACGCCAACAUGAGCUUCGACACCAACAAAAUCAACAUACAGCAGUCGACGUGUAAAAUCCACAACACGGACAAAGUGUGCAUCAAGACCAAAGUGUGUUUCAGAUACAUCGUCAAGUCCGAAAAAGACACGAACCCAGAGACAUUGAUCCACUACACUCUGACUCUCGAUUCUCUGCGUGCCAUUGCAAGAGGAAGAUUUAACGGCACAGACGAAAGAAAAAUCCAGAAGAACGUCACCAUAAGAGAUAUUCUGUGCAAUGAACUCUCCUUCUACAUGUCGGACAAAUUAGACUUCAGGGAUCCUCUGAUGGUGUCUCUGGACUUCGGGUUAGUGGAUGUAGACAAUGGCCCAGUGCUGGAUGGAACUUUACCAACAUCACUCAAUAAAACGAUUGCUUUAGUAGACUGUGGAAAUGCUGAGAAGUGUAUCGCUGAUUUACACCUCCAAGCUUCACCGAAUGUCAGCAGCCUUGUCAUUAAGGCCUACCAGGGGAAGUUCCGAGUCAACAUUAACAUCAGGAACAGUGGAGAUAAUGCGUACAACACCAAGGUCAUGCUCAGCACUACGGAAAACAUCAACUACGUCAAUGUGGAGUCUAAAGAUAAAGAUUGUGAUCCGAAUCACUUCAAGGUCGUGUGCGCAGUAGGAUACCCUUUCCUCAAAUCUAAUGUACAGGAAAAUUUUGGGGUUGUCUUCGAGGUCAAUCCAUCUCACAUUCGCAAAGACAUCAUCAUCAACGUUACUGCGACCACUGAUAGCGAAGAGCCCGAGUCGAAGCUUCUGGAUAACUUUGUACAAAUCUCCAUCCCGGUGAAAUACGAAGUCAGUCUGACGUUCACUGCGAAGAAGAGCAUGAAGGAGGAUCAUAUAAUCUUGAAAGAGGGAGAAACAGCACCGAGUUUCAUCAACGACACCAGCAUGAUCGGAGAGGAGAUGAACAUCAGUUAUACGCUUGAAAGCGACGCAGUGACGCAGAAUCCUUCUCUCAGUCUGACCAUCACGUUUCCGAAUAGAACACUGGCAGAGAACAUCCUGCUCUAUCUGACUAACGUCACUUCCUCACCCAAUAUCAAAUGCCACGCGAACGUUAACUAUCUGAACAUCGGCCAGAAGGACCGCUUCCACCAGAAAGCUAAAGCUGAGACGCUCAGCGACUAUCUUUUGAGCUGUAACGAGAAGGCGAACCCCUGCACGUCGUUCAGCUGUAAUAUUCCUCCUGCCAGAUUCAACCAGAUCAACGUCACCUUCAGAAUCUGGAAGCAAACGUUCAUCUACGGCGAGUUUUCCAGCCUCUUCUUAACGGUUCAUGCUAAAUUAGAGAGUAAGGACAAGGCUUUGUUCCAGUUAAGCAAUAACGACGAAAGCAGAGAGGUGCGGGUGCAGAUCUCAAAAGAGUCUCGAAGUGGAAUUCCUCUGUGGAUCAUCAUUCUCAGUAUCCUCAUAGGACUACUAAUACUGGCACUGGUUAUAUUUUGUCUUUGGAAGUUUGGCUUUUUUAAGAGAAAAUCAGUGGAAGACAUGAAGGAGGAUAUGAGAGACAGUUAAAGGCUCCAGUCUUCAGAUCUGCAGCCUUCAAAAGCCCUCAGGUCAAAUUCAUGCUCACAGACCCACAGAGACGCUACGCAUUGCAGUUUAACAGAAUGGACCAGAAGCGUCACCAAACAUCCAUCUGAUGAUCCGGAAGAUGUCUAGAUUGUUUGGAUUUGUAGAAUUUCUCAGCCUUGAAGGUCAGCAGUUGGACUUUGGGUUGACGUCUUAUUCAUGUGCCAUGCUUUGUUUGUUUCAAAACCCAGCACAGGAGCUCUGCAUUUUAAUAUUGGAAUAAGCUAGUAUGAGUUAUCACUCCAAAUACACCUCCCACUCCCCAUAUAAACACCCAAUGAGCCAAUCGACAUAUGGAUUCUCAUUGGAAUGAGAAUCGUGUAGGUGUUAUAAACUGUACGAAAUUAAUUAACAGGUGCCCUCUGGAAGCCCCACCCCCUCUCCGUUAGGGUGGUCCCCAAAUUUUUUUUUUAGGAUUUUGUUACGACCAACUUACCUUAAAUAACUAAAGUUAUUGUGCGAAAUUUGGUUAAGAUUGAACAAUGUUUAGAGGUGCCACAAAGCCAUUAAAGUUUUCACUCAAGACCCAAUAUAAAAUAAUGUGGCUUAUUAACUGUUUCAUAUUAAUACAAACAAUACAGUAAUAUAACUUCCUGUGUUCAAAGUAACAAUAGCUAUUACUUGUCUGUGAUUUUCUAAACCCUUCGGUAUUAUGGUAUCUUGUGGAGAUAAAAGAACACACUAAGGACUUCCCGAGCAGAAGGAAGCUUUCUCCGAGACAGUUCCUUGGAAGUGGGACCAAUUAACCAAACAUAAUUGUCCUUUCUGGUUUUGUGCUUUGCACCACCGGUACUACUCGUAUUACUGUUGCUAGCCAUCUGAAAAACAUAGAAAGAAAAACAUUCACAACUUCAUCAGCAUAUUACGAUCAGUGCUCAUUGUUUAAGAACCCCUUAGUGCAUGAAAGUUAACCUUCUAUCAGUCUAUAAACUCUUCCUGCCUCUUCUUUUACAUAGAAGUGGCAUAUUCCCUCUAGAACUGUGACUUUUUGGGGGUUUGAGAUCUUCUCUGCAACAGUCUACGCACCAACUAAUGUUAAUGGCUUAACCCGAUUUGCAACCUCGUGUGGCACCUCUAAAUAUUAACCAAUUUUUCUGAAACUUUGCUUGUUGCCUUCUUUUAGCCUAUGUAAAAAAAUGGUAGGGUGGUCGGAAUGUUUUGGUAAAAAAAAAAUUUUCCCAUACAUUUCGGGACCACCCUACUCUCCGUGUCUUAUGCACGCUCGCCAUCUGUCACGGUAAAUGGAGAAUGUUUGGAGUUCAUGAAUCUGAAAUAAAAUCUCUAGAUCUCGAUAUAGUAAAUGAGCUAGAUUUAUUUAAGAUGCCACCCAAAAAUUUUGGCCAAAAGCCAAAAAAAGGCUGAAAUUUUUCAUCAGAAAACGAUUUAAGAAGCCUUCAACAAAGUGCUAAAUAUAUAACAAAUAUAGCAAUUCUACAAAUAAGCAUCACUAGGCGGGUUUCCGUGAACCCGUUUAAUGAAAUUUGCAACCGAAAUUGAAAUUGCGAGCUAAAAAAACGUGAAUUUAGAAAAAAAUAAAAUCCCUCUCAAAUAUUGCAAAAAUGUUUAUACGCUCACAUGAGGUGUUUUUUCUGACGAUUCGACCAAGCAAUAUUUCACAAAAUUGAAAGUGAAACAUUUUUCACAUCAAAAUCACUGCUCCAACACUUGUCAGGUCUUGGAAAUCCAUCGCCAUGUUUAAAUGGAUUGACGAUCACAUGGGAAGAAAACCCAGGUUUAAUUGAAUAGCAUAACUCCAUGGAAACAAAGAACAUUCGCAAUUGUGUUUUGUCGCCUUUUUUUUUUUUUAAAUCGCUUCUGUUUUGCGCAAAACUGCAAUGGAAACCACGUAAAGACGUUAAAAUAGCACACUUAAGCCCAGUGCAGUUGAGACUGGAGUGUGUGUGUGUGUGUGUGUGUGUGUGUAUCCAGAUAUAGCACGAAUUACAUCUUGAAGCAACUCUUGUUUCCUGAUAGUUUCAUUUAUACAUCGAUAAACUUGGCUGGAUGCUAAAAUGAGCUGAUUUCAUUGACGUGUAGCGUACAAUCAUUAGGGGUGUUCACACGGCACAUAUUUGCAUCGAUGCUGCACCGAUGUAUUUUGUUGCGAUAUAUCUUACACCGGUGUAAAUUUUGUAGAGCGUUCACACGUCACAAACCUGCUUACUAGAGAGAAGCGUGUUAGCACCGUUGCAGCCCCACUUGCGUUCACACGGCAGUUUUUGUGACCGUGCUAUACGAUAGUAAUAAUGUGGAAAUGAAAUAUGCGCAUGCGUGAAAAUGUACUUCCUUUUCCCGGUUGUCAUGACAUCACCAAGCGCCGGGAAAACAACGUGGAUGAAGACACCAGUGUUGCCAGAUACUGCUGACGUUUUCCAGCCCAAAAUAUGUUCAAAUCCGCCAAAAUGCACUUAAAACCACCCAAUCUGGCAACACUGGAAGACACGCAGUUCUGUUGUUGUUGAUAUUCGCCAUUUUGGAAGCGCAAAAUACCAGGAUACAAAUUAUGCAAUGCCCGUAUGUAAUCAACUCUCCUCACGCGUAGCGAGUCUACCCCGUAGCGUUCAGACGUCCCAUUUUAUAUCGGUGCUGCCCCGCAAACUAGCAUUUACUCCGGAGUAAAUUUCUUAAACCACCUCCCGAGCAGGGUUAGAUUUGCACCGGUUUAAGCAGCUUUCAGGGGCGACACCGGUAUAACUUUGUACCGUGUGAACGCUCUACCGGGGCAGCCCCGGUGCUACACCGGAGUAAAAGUUGCCGUGUGAACACCCCUAUUGACUAGACGAGACCUUCAAGACUUGCAACGCAAAAGUAAUACUUAAAUAUCGUAACAAAAUACAGCUACUCAAGUCCUGUCCAUGUAUCAGAUUUAUCUUAGAAUAGGAAGAAAUAAUUCUUUUUGUGUCUGCAGCUUAAAGUGACACAGGUGUAUGCGCUGGUUCAGGAAUCAUUGAAUCCACUCCACUCCCCUUUCUGAGUUGUUUGAGCCGAUACCCAUCCCCAUAGCUGGUACACAUCAUCUUGUUUCAAUACAUUUUAUUUCCGAUUGUGGGGCGUCCUAACCACGUGUUAGUCUGUUUACAAACCGUGUUCGGAAAAGUCACGUGAGGUCAUGUGCGGGUCAAAGGUCACGACUGUGCAGACGCAGCAAACAUGACGGAUCGCCCAGAUCGAAUUGAACGAAGACUCCUAAAUCGAGACAAAACAUUUUAAGCAAGUAUCUGACAUUGUUAGAGGCAAAACGUGCCAGAAAAGAGAGGGAAAAAACACGGCAGAUGAGCCGAGUAAAUAUUGCUGGGUCUCGAGCGCUCGCUUCUGUGUCGGAGGCCGCUGGAUCCGUCAUGUUUGUUGCGACCUUGGUCGUUAUAAUAUUAUCAUGAGGAUAAACUUCGGCUGUUUCCGUACCCAAGUGUAAACAUUAGCGUGCGGUGUUUUUCCAGCUCAUUCUCCUUCACAGGCAUGAGGCAGCGGGCAAUACAGCAUGUGAUUCAAGUACCUAGGGGUUAUUUUUGCUCCACAGGGUACUAUUCAUCUUUUUAAUACAUCGACCUGUGUCACUUUAAAGUAGAACUGAAGUCAUUUUUAAACUUGCUUUAUUUCUUAAUUAACGUGUUAUUCAGUUACGUUUUCGGUUUUAGUAACCUUAUAUCGUGACUCGUAUUGGCAACUAAUUGCAAUUAAAUAUGAUACUUAUCGGCCUGUUCGGUUUUUAGCCGUGUUGAAUUUAGUUCGUUCGGUCCACGGCAGGCGUCGCUUGUCCGCGCGAUCUUCACGAGACUUGUGCGAGACUUCGAAACGUGAAGUGUCAGCGCCGCCAUUUUGAAAACUGUUUUCCAAACGAAGUAUUGCACAAAAACGAGUUUAAAUGACGAUUACUGCCUACUUUUUUCAAACUUUCCUGAUUGCUAUCAAAACAAACGAAACUUCCGGCUUGAUUACAUCAGCAUUCAAAAGAGGGCGCGCACGUCUUUUGACAACGUUGGCAGACAUCGGUCACUUUGAUUUCCGCUGUACGUUUUACUUCCGUCCUACGACGUCUCGCACAGGUCUCAGCGACUCUCGUUUACGGCCAUCGCUUUGACAUAUGGACUGAUGUAUUGCAGAGCGUAUUUCAAACACUCAUAACUUGCUAUAGCAGUGACACAAUAGCGAUCAAACAUGCAUUCUGAUAUUUAAUCAAAUGAGGUGAAAAAAUAGAAUUUAGAUAAUGAAAAAUUUGCCUUCGGUUCUCCUUUAACUAAAACCAACUAGUGGCAGCUUUUUUUACCCCAAAACCAUGGUGGUUGUUGAAAAACCCUCGUGUAAACAUGAACUCCAAAUGCUACCAUAGACAAGUUAUUUGAGAUCAGACUUCAUCGUAAUGAGAUUAUUCCUGUUCAGGAUGUACCGUAGCAGGUCUGCGAAGCUCAACCAACUUGACUUAACGUGAAUAUCAGCGAAAUGGAAAUCCAAAUCCAAACCAAAGCAGCUAAACAUCUAAACCUGAAGAAUACAUCACUUCAAAGCUUCAUCAGUGCUCUGUGGCCAUGCUGUGUGAUUGAUCCACUCUUAUCUUUCCACCAGUGAACUAUAAAGAAUGGAAAAUCCCACCAAAUCUGAAGAUCCUAUAAUAUCCUGUCUAUCACAUUUCACGCCAAAGCUUCUUUAAUGCCUUUCAUGCAUACCCUGAUGUCCCGAUCACACCAAUGGAGGCCUUUACAUGAAUUACGAAAUGUUUUUUUUUUGUUAAAAAAUAAUUUGAGUUCAGUAUAUAGUCUACUGUAGCUAGUUUUUUCUUUAAUGCUAAUUGACUGUUAGCACAUUCCUCUUCUUUUAUGCAGCAUUUGACACUGAUAUUCAUCACAUUCUUCAAGUUUUUCCUCACCGAAGUGCUGAGGGAUCUUCCUGAUUGUACUGUAAAUGUAUAUAAGAGUAAAAUUGUAUAUAGAACGAUGUUUGCAAUAAUACCUGUAAAAUAAUGACUAUCACAAUGAUCAAUAACCCCUUGUUCCUAGUAAUAGAAGACACGCUUCACUGCAAAGUCCUUCAGAGGUUCGGAGUAGUUCGAAUUCAAGUUAGUUUUUAGUAGCAACUAAAAAUGUGUACAUUUCUUCAAAGUGAAAACUUUUAAAAACUGCAGGUCUGUCCCUAUAGGUUUUUUUUUUACUUUUUUAUUAGCGCUUUCUUUUUAUUAAGUUGGAUUCUGCUGAUGAGUUUGUUCAUGAAACAACCGGCUAUUAACAACUUAUAUGAAGUGUCCGUGUUUUCUAGUUGUUUAUAUCUAUAUACAGUACUGUCCAAAAGUCUUAGGCACAUGUUGUAAAGACAUACUGUUGACCAAAAAUGGCUUAAAUAUAAUGAAAUGAUAUUAUAUUUAAUAUAAUUCAAUGUGGGCGGCACGGUGGUGUAGUGGUUAGCGCU